AUGUCAUUGAUUCAAGAAGAAAUUGAUUUGGAUAUUGAUGAAAUGAAGCGUCAUAAUCAUAUAAAUGAAUCGUUUGCAACCGAUCCUGAAUUUGGAAGACAAAAUAUAAGAACAAAACGUGAACUAGGUCAUCGGGAUCUUUGGUAUGAUAAAUUAUAUGGAAAUUCACUUAAAGUUGAUGCACAUGGAAAUAUUCUUACAGUUGUUUAUGGUUUUAAAUUUCUUAAUAAAGAUCGAACAGCUAUUGAAUUUGGAGAAAAUAUUCUUUCAUCUCGUGCAAUUUUCAAAGAUGUUCGAAAUACUCGUUCUCAUGAUGCAAAAACGUUUUUAUUAAUCGAUAGUGAAUAUUGGUAUACUGAUAAAUUAAUGAUAUAUUUAUUAGCAACUGAUAGUGAUACUAAUAAUUCAAAACGUGACUGGAAAUCACAUUUUAAUUAUAUUGUUGUUGAUGCACAAAAACCAUUAUUUUUUGCUGAAGGUACAACAUUAAGAAGAAUUGAUCCAAAUACUGGAAGUAUGAAAUUGGGUUCUAAUGCUGUGCAAUUACAACAAAAUGAAGUUUAUAGUGGAGACGAUGAAAAACUUCAAUCAAAUUCAACUGAUCGUCAUCAUUCAACAUUAUAUCAAACAUUUAAGAAUACACGUUGUUUUGAUCGUUCAAUAUCAGCAUUUCCAUCAAUACACAAUCAUCCUUAUUUACCAUUAUACAUAAUACAUGAUCAUGAUGAAGAUGGUGAUCCAGAUGAUGAUAAUCCAUCAAAAGUUGGUCACGAUUUAGACUUUGAUGUUCGAUCAAACAUAACAUAUACAUCACCAAAAAAGACAUGCAAAACAACAAAUGACUAA